UAGAAAGCGGGACCAGCCCUCCCGUCGCCAUUUUUUUUCUCUUACACUCGCACUUCUGGUUUCUCGAGCGAGCGGAGGAUAAAAUAAAAAACAACGGCAAGUUCAGGACAAAUACUCGUCUGGUCGGGAUACUUCGCUUGCGGUAAGGGAGUGCAGCUCCUGAGAUGCACCAGCAGCGGACAGACGGCUGCUCUGAAGUCACUUUUUGUGUGAAGACGUGUUGCGGGCCGCCAUUUUUUUCUUGCGCUGCCUCUGAAGUCUGCUCGAACCCGAGAGAGGGAACUCACAGACCUGUUUCCGUGCCUUACCGUUAAGUCGAGAGGAUAUAAAGUAACUAUCUGUGUUUUCCCACCUGCGGCUAAUUGUUGGCCUUUUUUAUUCACAGCUAUGAUGAUUUCUCAGUUGGAAAACUGAGACCACCUUUUCCGCUUUUAUAUUAACUGACACUGACCGGAGGAGAUAAUUAUUUGAAGCCUGGUGUUUUUUUUUUUUUCUCGGAAGGCGGAACGAAAAGGAGGAAGCUUAAUUGAUCAUUUCUUGCUUCGGCCUUCCUCGGCGUUUUUCUUUCGUAAGUUAAUCAUUUUCUCGAUUCUCAGCCACUCAAAGCUGAGCCAAUAUGGUCCAAAGUUGGAUCAAGUCAGUCUUAACCUGUCCCUAAAGAACCACAGGCUGUUUUUUUUUAAUCAUUUUUUGUUAAUUUUGUUUUAAUCAGGUCGAAGAAACCUUCAGUGGUUCUGCAGAAAUUACUCGAAAACCGCACAGGGGCGACGAAUGCCCUGCCCUGCACCUACUGAAUCAUUCACUUUGGAUCAACGCUGAACUCUUAUCAGUAAAUUUCUUCAUUUAUAUACAUCUACUAACUUAUUUUUUGGGGAGCAGACAUGUCAUCGGCUCGGUUUGACUCGUGUGAUCGGUCCGCCUGGUAUUUUGGACCCGUUUCCCGACAGGAGGCACAGAACAGGUUACAAGGACAGAGGCAUGGCAUGUUUUUGGUUCGAGACUCGUCUACCUGUCCCGGCGACUAUGUCCUGUCGGUGUCUGAAAACUCCAAAGUGUCUCACUAUAUCAUUAACUCAUUACCCAGCAAGAAGUUUAAGAUAGGCGAUCAGGAGUUUGAGAACCUCCCGGCUCUCCUGGAGUUCUACAAAAUCCACUAUCUGGAUACGACUACGCUAAUAGAGCCUGCCCCCAGGUACCCAAGCACGAUCACCGGCGCCAUCCAGACCAUGGUUGGUCCUGAGGAGAACCAGGAGUACGUGCGGACAUUAUAUGACUUCACAGGAAGCGACGCAGAAGACCUCCCGUUCAAAAAGGGGGAAGUUCUCAUCAUCCUCGAUAAGCCGGAGGAACAGUGGUGGAGCGCCAAAAACCGAGAGGGCCGCGUCGGGAUGAUCCCCGUCCCGUACGUGGAGAAAUUGGUGCGACCGCCUCCCCAUCCCGGCCAGCCUACCCACGGAUCUCGUAACUCCAACAGCUAUGGGAUCCCAGAGCCUGCCCACGCCUACGCUCAACCCCAAACGUCUUCGCCGGGCACGCCAGGCGCGGUCAUCACACCCCUGCCCUCCAUGCAGAAUGGCCCAGUCAUCGCAAAGGCCAUCCAGAAACGAGUGCCUUGUGCCUACGACAAAACGGCUCUUGCUCUAGAGGUAUAGUAAUGUCUGACUUUAAAGUCUUGGAACA